GCGCUAUUGCACUUUGUCUCACAAUAAUACUGCACUCACUCAUUUACAGUGUGUUUCAAUGUGCAUCCCUUAACAACGAAACCGAGCACUGACACUCAUGGCUUCGACUUUUUUUUUUUGACAGAACCUUUCAAAACUGAACUACCCGAGUUGAAAAACAAACAUAUCUGAAUUUCUUCCCCUUAGUUUUUCUCUAUUUGCGUUGGCUUGAAGAUGCUUUCUCAGUGGAGUUGUAUCAGACUGUGCUCCCUCUCUACUCUAGUUCGGACUUGCUACUUCAUCUCUGCUGCAGUCAGGACGCUUGCUGUCCCCAAUAAUAAAGUGAAUUUAUUGGACUCCGGAGCUGUAAUAGGUGAUCUGGGAUGGAUAGCCUAUCCGAAGAAUGGGUGGGAAGAGAUUGGAGAAGUGGAUGAGAACUACACGCCAAUUCACACAUACCAAGUGUGCAAGGUCAUGGAGCAUAACCAAAACAACUGGCUACAGACAAACUGGAUCCUCAAAGAAGGUGCCCAGAGGGUAUUCAUAGAACUCCAGUUCACCCUGAGGGACUGCAACAGUCUCCCUGGGGGCCUAGGCACCUGCAAAGAGACCUUCAACAUGUACUACUAUGAAUCGGAUGAUGAGGAAAACAGAAAUGUCCGAGAGAGCCAGUACUCCAAAAUUGAUACCAUCGCGGCAGACGAGAGCUUUACGGAGCUGGACCUCGGAGACAGGAUCAUGAAACUGAACACUGAGGUGAGGGACGUAGGACCGCUGACGAAAAAAGGCUUUUACCUGGCUUUCCAGGAUGUGGGUGCCUGCAUCGCUCUUGUCUCUGUGCGCGUGUACUACAAAAAAUGCCCCUCAGUAAUCAGCAACUUAGCCCUGUUCCAGGACACCAUCACUGGGGCCGAUUCCUCUCAGCUGCUAGAGGUGUCGGGGUCUUGCGUCAACAACUCAGUGGCAGAGGAGCCUCCCAAGAUGCACUGCAGCGCUGAAGGGGAGUGGCUGGUGCCCAUCGGGAAGUGCAUGUGUCGCCCAGGUUACGAAGAGAGAAACAGCACUUGUCAAGUUUGUAGACCUGGAUUCUUCAGGGCCUCCCUUCAGAGCCUAACUUGCAGUAAGUGUCCUCCACACAGCUACACAUACGUCACGGCAUCCACUUCCUGUGAAUGUGAGGACAGCUACUUUAGGAGGGACACUGAUCCGACCAACAUGGCCUGCACAAGACCUCCGUCAGCACCUCGCAGUGCAAUCUCCAAUGUCAACGAGACCAGUGUAUUCCUGGAAUGGAGCGCUCCUGCUGACAGCGGUGGCAGGAAAGAUGUUACCUAUAACAUAGUGUGUAAGAAGUGCCGCUCAGACUCCCAGCAGUGCGAGGAAUGUGGCAGCAACUCCAGGUUCCUCCCCCAGCAGAUGGGUCUCCGCAACACCUCAGUGAUGGUGGUGGACCUUCUGGCGCACACAAACUACACCUUUGAGGUUGAGGCUGUCAAUGGGGUCACAGAGCUCACCUCGCUUCCCAGGCAGUUUGUUGCUCUCAAUGUGACCACCAACCAGGCAGCCCCAUCACCAGUCAGUACUGUAAGGAAGGGAAAGACAGCCAAAAACAGCAUCUCUGUGUCAUGGCAGGAACCAGAUCGUCCCAAUGGCAUCAUUUUGGAAUACGAGAUCAAAUAUUUUGAAAAGGAUCAGGAGACCAGCUAUACCAUCAUUAAGUCUAAAGAUAUGGAGAUCAGCGCAGAUGGCUUGAAGCCUGCCUCCGUUUACAUCUUUCAGAUCCGAGCACGCACCGCAGCAGGCUAUGGUGGUUUCAGUCGCAGGUUUGAGUUUGAAACAAGCCCUUUUUCAGUUGCUGCAUCAAGUGAUCAGAGCCAGGUACCCAUAAUCACUGUGUCUGUCACAGUGGGUGUGAUCCUGCUGGCUGUAGUUACUGGAUUCCUCCUUAGCGGAAGGCGCUGUGGCUACAGUAAAGCCAAACAGGAUCCAGAGGAGGAGAAGAUGCACUUUCACAACGGUCACAUUAAACUGCCUGGUGUGCGGACAUAUAUUGACCCUCAUACCUAUGAAGACCCGAAUCAAGCUGUCCAUGAAUUUGCAAAGGAAAUCGAUGCAUCAUGUAUUACAAUAGAAAGAGUUAUAGGAGCUGGUGAAUUUGGAGAAGUGUGCAGCGGACGUCUAAAGCUCCCUGGAAAAAGGGAGAUCCCUGUGGCUAUCAAAACUCUGAAAGCAGGCUACACUGAUAAGCAGAGGAGAGACUUCCUAGGAGAAGCUAGCAUCAUGGGGCAGUUUGAUCAUCCCAACAUCAUCCAUUUAGAAGGGGUGGUGACGAAGAGUAAACCUGUAAUGAUAGUAACUGAAUACAUGGAAAAUGGCUCUCUUGAUACAUUUUUAAAGAAGAAUGAUGGUCAGUUCACAGUGAUUCAGCUGGUGGGAAUGUUGAGAGGGAUAGCAUCGGGUAUGAGGUACCUUUCUGACAUGGGCUACGUGCAUCGGGACCUUGCAGCACGCAACAUUCUGGCUAACAGUAACCUUGUCUGUAAAGUCUCAGACUUUGGCCUCUCCCGAGUGUUAGAAGAUGAUCCGGAAGCAGCAUACACUACUAGGGGAGGAAAGAUUCCGAUACGAUGGACAGCUCCAGAGGCCAUUGCAUUUCGCAAGUUUACAUCAGCCAGUGAUGUGUGGAGCUAUGGUAUUGUCAUGUGGGAAGUGAUGUCCUAUGGGGAGAGGCCUUACUGGGAAAUGAGCAAUCAGGAUGUGAUUAAAGCUGUAGAAGAAGGCUAUCGUUUGCCAGGCCCUAUGGACUGCCCUGCUGCUCUCUACCAGCUGAUGAUGGACUGCUGGCAGAAAGACAGAAAUAGUAGGCCCAAGUUUGAAGAGAUAGUCAGCAUACUGGACAAACUCAUCCGCAACCCUAGUAGCUUGAAAACCUUAAUAAAUGCUUCAAAUAGAGUAUCAAACUUACUAGUGGAGUAUGGUACCAUGGGAAACAAUGAAUUCAGGUCUGUGGGAGAGUGGCUAGAGGCCAUAAAAAUGGGUCGAUACACAGAGCACUUCAUGGAAAGUGGAUACACCUCUGUGGAAGCUGUGGCUCAAAUGACCUUGGAUGAUUUGAGGACGGUUGGUGUGAACCUUGCUGGUCAUCAGAAAAAGAUCCUCAACAGUAUUCAAGAAAUGAGAGUCCAGAUGAUGAACGGCACAGUGCCAGUGUAAACCGAGUGGCCAAUUGCUGCCAGUAACCCUGCACUUUUUAUGAACUGGAACUUGUAUUUAUUGUUUAGGAAUAUUAAUAAAAAUAAAAAAAUUAAAAUUAAAAAGGGAAGGAACUUUUUUCAAAUGAAGAGAAAACUUCUAUCUACAGCCUGAAAAUAUUUGCAAAUGGCUCCCCCAAUUUGUGUCUCCAUCUUCAGGAAGAGCAGAGAUGCAUGGAAUAUGGAAUUAACAUUGAUAUGUUGUUCAGAGUAACUCUUUUCCUGUUACAACUUCAAAAUGCCACAGCACCAGUUUCUAUACCGACUGUAAAUAGCACCAAGGCUGUUUUCCCAAUCCAAACACAGUAGCUGUUGCUUCCAAGGACUCACUUGAUGCUUUUUAUACAUUGGAGAUGAACUUUCAAACUUGCAGCAAAACGGCAGUGAUUGACUGAAGUUUUUCUUUUGAUGCUUUCUUUUUCAUGUGUUAGCUGUUCAACAGAUGUGUAUUAAAAAGCAAUAUAAUAAGAUCCCUUUCUUCUUAGUAUUCUCUUUGUAAAUGUGAAACACGAAAGAAACAAUGCCAAGGUGGUAAUUACGUUAGAGAAAGUAAUGUAUAACCUGCUCCAAUUAAUCCUUGUAUUUAUUUUUUUGUAAAAUGUAUACAAAAAAAAAACAUUUGCCAGUUUAACAAAAAAACAUGACUUCACCUCUACCUUGCCUGUUAUGCUUGUAUUUGUAUAUAAUGUACAGUUUGAUACAGCAGAGUACAGGCUUGUGUUUCUUUUUUGUGAUAGAACUCUGCUUUAGUAUGUAUUCUUGUUUCAGAUAAUAAAUGGAUGAGAGCA